AUGCAGCAAGCUGGCCGACAGCUCAAUUUGAAGAAGUGCACCCAGUGCCGGAAAGACAAGCAGAAAGUUAGCCGUCCCCAUCCAAAUGGUCAGAAGUGCGAUCGAUGCGCCCUAAAGGGAUUCACCUGCUUGGAAAACAUGAGUGCUAAAGAACAGCACGCCUUGAACCUUCCAGGUUCAUCAUCUGGUCUGGAAGCUGAGGAUGAAGGUUUCCAGCAGUAUAUCGAACUGACCGCGAGAAAAGUCAAUCUGCUGUGUCUAUUUUCAAUUGUCGAUCAAGGUCCCCAAGUCAAGUGCUACGCUGAAUUCAAGGCCCAGAUUGAGAAAAAUAGAGACGAGGCGCAACGCGCCCUCUGGGCUGAGAGGGAUUCCAUUCUCCGAAAGGCCCAUUGCCUGAUCGAGACCUCACAGUCCCCCUUUCUCAAAUUUGCUAUGGUGUCGCUGAUUGCAGACUUGCCACUUAGCGCACUCGACCACCAAGAUAGUUAUUUGGAUCUUGUCUUGCCAUCCUUCUGGGAAACGGCGAGGCAAGUCCAGAACCCCGGUGCCGCAUUCCUUAUACAAGAAUCUCUUCUCAUUCGACAAUCCAUGAGGUCGGAUGAGGUGUCGGGCCCGGAUAUAGCUAGAUACCACGAAGGCUCUCAGAAACUUGCAAAGCUGGUGGCUGAAACUAGUGACUGUGCACUUCCCCCUCUCUCUUCGGUGGAGCAGAAUGCAUUCGCGAUUAUUGCGUCCGGAGAUGCUAGAAAAGUGGCCAUGGGGCUAGCAUCCAUUGGCAGCUCGCCUGCGUCUGAUAUCUUCGGCCGCUCGAUGUUGCACGUUGCCUUAGACGGAAUGGUUAAUCGGGUCUCAUCCCCAUCGUUGCCAAACGCAUUCGAAGAAAAAGAUAUCCAGAAGCUUGUUGGGUGUGUGGAUCUGGACCAACAAGACGCUUUCGGUCGCACAGCCCUGCAUAUAGCAUGUUCAGAAGGACUCGACUCGGCAGCACUUAUCAUUGUCCAAGGGGGCGCACGGCUCGACCUGGUCGACUCGAACGGCAUGACACCGCUUCACUGGGCAGUCAAAAAUAGCCGCGAGGAGUUCCUACUGAGGUUCUUCAACACACAGGAUUGCGCGUGCCUCCUGCACAGUACCGACUUCGCUGGACGUACUCCACUCGAUAUAGCACUUGACUCGAACUCCCCAUUCACCAACCUUGAUUUGCUACUUCGAUGUCAUGAGAAGUGGCUUGAACACGAAAAGUUGGAAUGCACACAAUCAGAGGGAUUGGGAUUGAUGCAUCUCGUAGCGCAGGGUGGCAACAGAGAGGCCGUGGCACUGCUCAUGGACGCGGGCCUUCGCCCCAUUGAUUCCCGAAGUAGGCGGUCUGGAUGGACACCUCUAGCCCUUGCCGCAAAGCAGGGACAUGCUCAAGUGGUCAAGGUUCUUCUCGACCAUGCUUCAGUAGAUCCCGACUCACAAGACGAGUACGGCAGAACCCCGUUAUCCUAUGCGGCGGCAGGUGGGCAUGAAGAGGUCGUUCUCCUACUCAUUGGAACCAUGUCUCGCCCUCUGUCGCGGCGAAUUGACCUUGAUAAAAGGGAUAAUAUGGGGCGCACUCCUCUCUUCUUCGCCGUCGUGAAUCGGCGCCAGGCUGUGGCCAUGUUACUCAUGGCCACCAAUGGAGUGAACCCUGAAGUAGUGGCGGAUGACGGACGAACAUCCCUGUUAGUAGCCGAGGGCCUGAAUGAUGGGAUGGAUAUGCACAAGAUACUCCGAAAGGAGGUUUGGAAUUUCUUCUGUUGUGACCAGGCGUUACCAACUCUGCACGAUCUGGUUCAGCAUUGCGAGCAGGUCCAUGGCGGGCAAGGUAUCCAUCCCGGACCCAAAGGGAUCGAGUCGAUUCAGGAGGACUAA